CCCGCCGGACGCCGCGCCACUCCACUGCCCCCCCACCGCCGUCGCCGCCGCGGCGGCCGCUCGUGCCCUCGCCGCCCUACUAGCAGACACCCACCUCUUCGCUUCGCGGCCUAGCCUAGAACCCUGGGCGGCCGUCGGCGUCCCCCAUCCUCACUGCCCGCUGCGGCGGCCGCUCGAGGGCCCGUCGCCCUGGCGGCCUUAGCGGCGCGGAUCCUACGGCGGGGCCCUGUUCGCUCCCCCGCGCCUCUGGCCUCCAUAAGUGGUUCGUGGGAUCGAAUGUGCGGGUCGGCUCCGUCGCAUCCUGCCACCUUGUUGGUGCGUCCGUUCGGUGGGUCUGGACCGGAGGCACACGGCUGGAGCUGUUGGCGGUGCUUUCGCCAGCCCGCGAGGUGCGGGAGCAUGGCGGUUAGGCUGGACACGGACGGUGGGUUCGCCAGGUUCGCGCUCGGCGACCCGGAAGGUGCGAAGCAGAAGGGGAGCCAGAUGCAGCAGCCGCCGAAGAAGAAGAAAAUGUCGAGGAAGGCCAAGGUCAACCAGCUCAAGUGGUACCGUCUCAAGGCCAAGAAGAAGAUGAAGUCGCCCAAUCCCGAAGUUAGGAUCAGGUACAAGCUUGAAAAGGCUAAGAGAAAGGAGGAAUGGCUGAUUGAGAAGCUGAGGAAGUAUGAGGUCCCAAGGACACCGGAACCAGUUCAUGACCCUGAGAUUUUGACUGAGGAGGAGAAGUUUUACCUCAAGCGAACUGGAGAGAAGAAGAAGAACUAUGUUCCUGUUGGGAGGAGAGGGGUUUUUGGUGGUGUGGUUCUCAACAUGCACCUCCAUUGGAAGAAGCAUGAGACUGUGAAGGUGGUUUGCAAGCCCUGUCGGCCUGGCCAAGUGUAUGAGUAUGCCGAAGAACUAACAAGGCUCAGCAAAGGCACAGUCAUUGAUAUCAAACCCAGUAAUACCAUUAUAUUUUAUCGAGGGAAGAACUAUGUGCAGCCAAAGGUCAUGUCACCUCCUGAUACUCUUUCGAAGCAGAAGGCAUUGGAGAAAUAUAGGUAUGAACAAUCUCUUGAACAUACUAGCCAGUUUAUUGAGAAGCUGGAGAAGGAGCUUGAAGACUACCAGAAACAUGUUGCUCUAUUUAAGAACCGUGAGGGAGCUACGUCUGUAGAUGAAGAGACCACUGUUGAUGACCGUACAGUUACCUCAUAUUCUGAAUGAUCCAACUCUUUAAUAUGCUGGAUCCAUUCGAGAGCCAUGAGGGACCUAUUCUGGAAAAAAGCAGUGAAGGUUUUUCACUUCUCAAGCAUCCUUGGUACAUAGAAGAUGAUGAAAUGGUAAUUUGGGAGCUCAAAGAGUGCUGGGGUUCCUUUUCAGAAAUCAAGACAUUUAUUGCGAUUGCAAAGAUUGCAGUCUGCAUUACCACAUGCUAGUCAAUCAUUCUUACCUUACACCAGUGGUGGAUGGCGGAACAACAUCAACAUCAACAAGCCUUUUAAUCCCAAGCAAGUGCGGGUAGGCUAGAGUUGAAACCCAACAAAGACUAUUAUUCAUGGUUCUGGCACGUGAAUCGCGGUUUUUCAAGCACUCCUAUCCAAAGACAAAUCUCUAGGUAUACUCCAGUCUUUCAAGUCUCUUCUAAUUGUUUCUUCCCAUGUCAACUUCGGCCGGCCCCUGCCUCUCCUCAUAUUACCGUCGUGCUUUAGGAUACCACUAUGCACUGGUGCCUCUGGCGGUCUCCGUUGGAUAUGUCCAAACCAUCUCAGCCGGUGUUGGAUAAGUUUUUCUUCAAUUAGUGCUAUCCCUAGCCUAUCCCGUAUAUCAUCAUUUCGAACUCGAUCCAUCCUUGUUUGCCCACAAAUCCAAUGCAACAUGUGCAUUUCUGCAACACUUAAUUGUUGGACGUGCCGCCUUUUUGUAGGCCAACAUUCUGCACCAUACAACAUUACCGGUCUAAUCGCCGUUCUAUAAAACUUGCCUUUUAACUUCUGAGGUACCUUCUUGUCACAAAGGACGCCAGAUGCUUGGCGCCACUUCAUCCAUCCCGCUUUGAUUCUAUGACUAACAUCUUCAUCAAUAUCUCCAUCUCUCUGUAGCAUCGAUCCCAAAUAUCAAAAGGUAUCCCUCUUGGGCACUACUUGGCCUUCCAAACUAACAUCUUCCUCCUCAUGAGUAGCGCCCAAGUCACACCUCAUAUACUCUGUUUUAAUCCUGCUAAGUCUAAAACCUUUGGACUCUAGCGUUUGCCGCCUCAACUCCAGCUUCCUAUUCACUCCCGCACGGCUUUCAUCAACUCACGACACCAUCAGCGAAAAGCAUACACCAAGGAAUAUCACCUUGUAUGUUUCUUGUGACCUCAUCCAUCACUAGGGCAAAAAGAUACGGGCUCAAAGCUGAUCCUUGAUGUAGUCCUAUCUUAAUCGGAAAGUCAUCUGUGUCACCAUCACUUGUUCGGACUCUAGUCAUUACAUUAUUGUACAUGUUUUUAAUGAGAGCCGCAUACUUUGUUGGGACUUUAUACCUAUCCAAAGCCCACCACAUCACAUUCCGUGGUAUCUUGUCAUAAGUCUUCUCCAAGUCAAUGAAAACCAUGUGUAGGUCCUUUUUCUGCUCUCUAUACCGCUCCAUGACAUGUCUUAUUAGGAAAAUUGCUUCUAUGGUUAACCUUCCAGGUAGUUGGUGCAGCUUUGAAUAUCUCCUUUGUUCUUGUAGAUCGAUAUACUUCUUCUCCACUCUUCAGGCAUCUUGUUCGACCGAAAAAUACGGUUGAAAAGUUUUGUUAGCCAAACUAUAGCUAUAUCACCUAGGUACCUCCACACCUCGACUGGAAUACCAUCAGGGCCUGUCGUCUUACCUCCUUUCAUCCUUUUCAACGCCUCUUUGACCUCAGAUGGACCUCAGAUGGCGGAAAUGGGUAAGAUUUUUUGUGCCUCACAGUUGGGUGUCCUUGCAUGAACUUUGAAAUCAACUUUAUGCUGAUGACAUUUAAAGUGGUCCAAAUAUGAAAAAAAAGGUAUACCAGCACCUAGUUCCUACUGAGCUUGUUAACACAUAGAAGAUCAUUAUUAUACGUUUGCCUUUUUUGCUGUAUCACUAUUAGUUGCUAAUAGCAAUAGUGUCUCGCUAUGUUUUCAAUGAACAAAUCUCACCCUGUAUUGACCUGUACCUUUGUUUUAGUCAUUCCAAGCAUUUUGCUUAGAUCAUUAUAGUGGCUUAGACGCUCAGUUGGGCAAAGAUAGUAUUACGAUCUAUCGAAGAUAGUUUGAAUUAACACAAGGGUAAUCAUAGCAUGUCUGUUUAUGCAUUAGGUCUUCUAUUAUUAUAUAAACUACAGUGAUCAGUUAA